AUGGAAGAAAACUUACAAUCAAAUCACCCGUCUAGUAUCAUUGAACUCCUCAUUGUCAAUGGCCCCUCUAUGAUUGAUGUUUCUGAUAAAUUCCUCUCAUUAUUGACGAAUUUUUUUGAAAAUCGAGAAGACCUUGUCAGUGCUAUUCAUAAGAUUGGGUUGCUGCAAGGGUAUGUUAUGGUAAUCAAAAGAUCUAAAAGCAAUAGAUAUGUGGCUAUUGGUUGUGAUAGAGGUGGUUGUUAUCGAACCUGCUCUGCACUUGAGGAGAAGAGAAAGAAUUCAGCUUCUCAUCGGAUAGAUUGCCCUUUCAAAAUUUUGGGAAGAAGGACAGCUGAAGGGUUGUGGAAGGUCGAGAUAAGUAGCUUGUUACAUAACCAUGAGCCUUCCACUGACAUGGCUGGACAUCCAUAUUGUCGUCUGUUUACUAAAGAGGAAGCCUUACAAGUUGAACAAAUGAGUCGGGCUGGCAUAAAACCACGUCAAAUUCUCUCUUCCCUUCGACAAAGUAAUCCUGAUCUUCUAGCUGUUUCGAGAAAUAUAUAUAGCAAGACAGCUCAGUUUAGGAGAGAGAGUCUAGGUGGAGGUUCAAUUAUUCAAGCAUUAUUAGAUGAGCUUGGUGGUGCUGGUUUUUCUCAUAAUGUCAAAUAUGAUCACUCUGGUCAUUUGACUCAUUUAUUCUUUGCUCAUCCCACUUCCAUUGAGUUGACUAAAAGCUACUUUAAUGUCUUUGUGAUGGAUUGUACUUAUAAGACAAAUAAGUACAAGAUGCCAUUACUUGAGAUUGUAGGAGUGUCGAGCUUCAACACAUCAUUCUAUUCGUGUUUUGUUUUCAUGCAAAAAGAGGAACAACAGGAUUAUCAGUGGGCUCUUGAAAUGUUCAGUAAGUUAUUGGGAGAUGUUAAGCAUCCAUUGGCGAUUAUAACUAAUAGGGAGUUGGCAUUAAUGAAAGCAAUACAAGUUGCGUUUCCGAUGACUCCUAAUCUUUUAUGCAUACGGCAUAUUGAAAGAAAUAUUCUUGCACAUUGUAAGGCUUGGAACCGUUUUCAAAUUGAGUACAAAGACUAUGAUUUCGUUCUGACUUACAUUGACAAUACUUGGCUUCCAUGGAAAGGGAGGUUUGUAUUUGCAUGGACCGGACAGAUUUCACACUUUGGUAAUAAUAUUACUUCUAGAGCAGAAGGUGCACAUGGAACCUUAAAGAAAUAUCUUCAAGUUUCUACUGGUGCUCUCCGUGAAGUGAAGGAAAAUAUUUGUCUUGCUAUUCAAAAUCAGUUUCAAGAAAUUAGAACUCAACUUGCAAGUGAAAAGAUUCGUGUUCCUCAAAAGCUUUGCAUCCCUUUCUUUAAAGAGGUUAUUAAUAAGGAAUUAGUCAUGUCGGGCAGAGGAAGAGGUAGAGGCCAGCAUGGACUAGAAGAAGAUUUCAGUGGCCCUAAUGCUAUGCAAGAUUUCUUUAUGAUGAUGACUACUUGGGGAAACAACAUGAACAAGGUGCUAGAGGAGUGA